AUGUCUGAUAUAAUAGCAUUAGCUUUAACAUCUGAGAUAUUUAUUGAAAGUGAGGUCAUUAUGAAUGCACUAUUAUUUAAAUUCUGAUGGAUUAUUUUUGUUAUCGAUUCUUCUGACAGAGAAACGAUUGGGAAACUUCCUGAGAACUCUAUAAUACUUUGAGCAGUGAAUAUCUCAGAAAUAAAGCAAGACUUGCUACCAGUAAUGAAUCCUCAUGAAAUUGUAGAUAGAUGGAAUUAUUAAAAUUUUUUUUGUUAAAAAAUUUAUAUUUGAUUACUUUUUAGAAAAAAAUUUUAUUAACAUCCCUUUAAAUUGGACAAAAUUUUUUGUUCCUAUUUAAAGGGGUGAGUCAGAGGAAAAACUGUUUUUAGAAGCUUAUUGCAGAAAGAAUUAG